AUGGCUUCCCACCAUAAUGAUUGCCAUUGCCCGAGCUGUUCCACCGGUGCCAGCAGCAAACGCACCAAAAGGCAGCACCCAGGGGAUCCAGAGGGACAACAAACGGUCAAGGUGCUCAAAUUAUCCGCGCGCGACGUCUUCCCUUUUGUCAAAGUCCUGGACGCCCCUGUUCGUCUCGCAACCAGGAUGGCCCAGAGCGUGAACCCCUUCCCGAUCCGGAUCGAGAGGAACGUCACCGCUCCGCCGUACGAGAGGGGUUGGACUUACGUGGAGCGCCGAAACGGCUUGCUCUGCGUGGUGAGAAAUAGGAAGGACGUGUGGCGCCUCCAUCGGCCGUCGUCGAAGAAGAAGAGGGGACAACCACCACCGCCGCCGCCACCGACACCACCGAGGAAUGGAGGGGGGAGAGAUCCAGAAAGAGAAGUCAUCAUUGUGCGUGAAGAGGACUUGGAUCUCAUCGGUCGCCACCACCGUGUCCGUCCAGACGGAGACAGGCUGUUCGUCGAGGUGUUGCACGAGCGAGGAGAUUCAGGAUCACGCCCCAGAAUCGAGGUCCGCCGCCCUCUCAACGCCACCGCCCCACCGCCCUCUCCAACCUUCCACACAACAGCCCACGAGGAACGCUUUCCGUAUCGCAUCGUGCAGAAAAUCCCCGUCGAGCGCGGCCGACUCCUUCGUCGCGCCAGGCCCCUCCACGCCUACGACGACGACCGCCACCCCCUUCAACAGUGUCCACCACAACCCGUUGACUGCUACGAAGAAGAAGUCUUUGACCCGCCGGUCGAUCUGCCCUCCCGCGAGCCGCGGCCCUACCACAUCCCCGAACCCGAGAACGCCGUGUGGGACGAGGACAUGAAUGCGUGGGUUGUCCGACGCUCGCCGAGGGUGAGAUUCGAAUGA